AUGAAAAAUGCCGGCGGCAUCGGAGCUUUGGGGAACCUCGCGCUGACUUCUGCGUUCCCCCUUCGCCCCGGUCAUGGGACACAGGGCAGAAAGAUUGCCGUCUACGCGAACUACUUCAAAAUCCAGACUGCCCCGAACUUGACCCUCACUCGAUACAGCGUCGAGGUGACGCCCGAAGCGACUGGGAAGAAGCUCAGGCGUAUCUUUCAACUCCUUCUUGAGUUGCCCGAGUUUGCUGGCGUUGGUACUGAAUGGAAGUCCAUGAUUAUAAGCCGCCAGCCCUUGAAUAUCCCGCCAGACUACCAUGUCGCCAUUCCUUAUCGUGCUGAGGGUGAAGAUGAGGCUCUGGAGCGCGCUAUCACCUAUACGGUGAGGGUCGUCACUCCAAUCUCUCUUGCUGUCUCGGACCUUGUCAACUACCUCUCGGCCACCUCCACUGGGCCUGCUUUCCCUCACAAGGCAGAAGUUCUCCAAGGUCUGAAUGCGCUUCUCGGUCACCAUCCCCAGUCACACGACGGUGUGGUUUCUAUCGGCCAGAAUCGUCACUUCUCUGUUGAUAGGAGCCAGCGGAACUUGCACAAUAUCCAGGUUCUCGGUGGCGGUCUGGAAUCUUUACGCGGGUACUUCCAAAGUGUCCGUCCCGCUACUGGCGGCCUCCUUCUUAACGUUAAUGUGACCCAUGGCGUUUUCUUCCAGCCUGAUCGUCUGAGUGAACUCUUUCCCAAGAUGGGGACUGGAAACCGGGUGACGCUAGAGAAAAAGAUAAAGCGCAUUCGUGUCAAAGUUAUCCAUCUUCCGGCCAAGAAAUCGAAGCAAACCAACCAGGAAAUUCCCCGGAUUAAGACCAUCUUCGGCUUGGCCCAUCCACAAGAUGGUCGCAGCGAUGAACACCCGCCACAAAUUGCAUCAUUUGGUGCAGGUCCAAGGGAUGUGAAGUUCUGGCUUGGAGAAGCCCCUCCGGCAGCAGGGACAUCCAAAGGCAAGGGCAAGCCACCCAAAAAACCCACGGGCCCUGCCCUGCCCACAAACAGAUACAUUUCUGUGUUUGACUAUUUCAAAGCGAAGUACCCGAACAUCCCAUUGAAAGAAAAUCUUCCCGUAGUCAACGUUGGGAAUAGAGAAAACCCCAGCUACCUUCCCGCGGAAGUGUGCGUUGUCCUUCCCGGGCAAACAAUCAAAAGAAGAUUGAGUCCAGACCAGACUCAGCAGAUGAUUACUUUUGCCUGCAGAAAGCCGUGGGAGAAUGGUACCUCUAUUGUUGAUGAUGGAAAGGCCGUUCUUGGGCUAAACCCGUCCCCGAAUUCGAUUUUGGUUGGGCGCAGCCUAAUCACCGUUGCUGCUCGUCUCUUACCUCCUCCUGCGAUCAAGUAUAAGGACUUGAGGAAUAGAGAGAUGUCCAUAGUCCCGAAAUUCGGAAGCUGGAACAUGAUCAACACCAGAUUUCACACGGCUAGUGCCCUUGGACCAUGGACAUAUAUCUGGUUCAAAUCGAACAGAGGGUCCACCCCGUUCAAUGAACGUCACGUUAAUGAUACUGUGAUGAAGUUUGCUGAUUUCCUGGCCAAUGCUGGUAUCAACGCUGACGGAUUUAUCCAACACCCUCCACCACCUGUCAUAACUCUACAGGAUGGCCUUGAAGGGGCCAACGACGAGGUGAUCAAGACAAUCUUCAGGCGAAUGUACGACGCAAAGUCCAGGCCGAGAUUUGUGCUUGUCAUUUUGCCAUAUAAUGAUGUUGCAAUCUACAACAGCAUCAAGACAGUUGCAGAUACCAAGGCUGGAAUUCACACUGUGUGCGUCGUUGCACAAAAGUUCAUGAAGCCCCAGCGACAAGAACAAUACUUCGGGAACAUCUCGCUGAAGUUUAACCUCAAAGCAGGAGGGAUCAACCAGACUCUCGACCCAAAACAACUCGGCAUCAUUGCCGAAGGGAAGACGAUGGUUGUGGGCCUCGAUGUCACACAUCCGUCGCCUGGCUCUAAAGAGGGUGCGCCUAGUGCUGCAGGCAUUGUUGCGAGCGUCGAUAAAUUUCUGGGCCAAUGGCCUGGGGCGUUCAGCUUACAGGAAGGGCGAAAGGAGAUGGUCUCUGCCCUAGAAUCACUCUUCCUAUCUCGUCUGAAGCUUUGGGAGAAGCGCAACAGGCAGCUCCCCGAAAAUAUCAUCAUUUACCGAGAUGGUGUGUCAGAAGGUCAAUAUCAGCUCGUCAUAGAGCAAGAGCUCCCCUUGAUCCGCAACGCAUGCAGGCAGGCAUAUCCUGCUACGGCUACUAAGCAAGGGUAUCCUAAGCUUACCAUUGCUGUCUGCGGAAAACGUCACCAUACCCGCUUUUAUCCCGCGCAUGAGGGAGAGGCAGACCGCUCUUCGAACUGCGCGCCUGGGACUGUUGUGGAUCGUGGAGUCACAGAGGUUCGUGGCUGGGACUUCUUUCUUCAGCCGCACGCAUGUCUUCAAGGCACCGCACGCACAGGUCAUUACUAUGUGGUCCUUGACGAGAUUCUCAGGACUCGACCCGUUAAGCCACCUUUCCAGAACCCUUCAGAUGCUCUGGAAGAUCUGACCCACAACAUGUGCCAUCUGUUUGGUCGUGCUACGAAGGCCGUCAGUCUAUGUCCCCCAGCCUAUUAUGCAGAUCUCCUCUGCACUCGCCUGAGGUGCUACCUUUCUGAUCAAUUCGAUCCAAAUGAUUCGUCAGCCACACCAAGCGUAGUCAGUGGCGGUGCAUCUCAGACAUCCCUAGAUAUCAGCAUUGCGGAAAACCUAAAGGAUACCAUGUUUUACAUCUGAAGGAGUCUCAAUUGGACUGUUGACGUUUCAUGUCUCAAAGCGACAUAUGUUUCACCAACCAGCUCCAUAUCUGCUGAUUUUCUGGGCUCCUUCAAUUCGAUUUCCAUUAUUUGGACCUCACUUUCAUUAUAGCUGAGCUUUGCCUUUUUUUCGUCUAGCUGAAUACAAAGUGGAGUGAUGUUGCUGUGAUCGCUCUAUCUUCACUUCAAGCCUGGGCGACAAUUUAACCCUGCUGUUCCUCUUUGUGGAGACUUCACAAGACCUACAACUGUGGAGACUUUCACUUUUCUCCCUGAG